ACGACCACCGUUCCGAUCAUAGUCCCGAAAAUGGGACAACGUGUUUCCAGAACGGAUUUCGAGUGGGUGUACGAUGAUCAGCCGCACACUCGUCGUCGGGAGGAAAUGGUGAAGAAAUAUCCGCAGAUCAAGAAGUUGUUUGGACCGGACCCACGCUUCAAGUAUAUCGUGUCUGCCAUGGUUUUAACACAAAUCGUGAGUUUAUAUGUGAUGCAAAACCAGAGCUGGUCAAUGAUCGUAUUAGUGGCGUACUGCUUCGGUGGUGUAAUCAACCAUUCGCUGAUGCUCGCGAAUCACGAAAUAUCACACAACAUGGCGUUCGGUUACGGCAAGCCGUUAGCUAAUCGGUAUUUUGGAAUGUGGUGCAAUCUACCGAUCGGUGUGCCGAUGUCAGUGUCGUUUAAAAAGUAUCACAACCUGCACCAUCGCCACCUGGCCGACGAUGAUCUCGAUCCGGACGUACCGACACUUCUAGAGGCGAAGCUGUUCUGUACUACUUUUGGCAAGUUCAUCUGGGUUUGUCUGCAGCCGUUUUUCUACGGAUUGAGACCACUGUUCGUGAACCCACUGCCCAUGACGAGGCUGGAGAUCAUCAACACCAUCGUGCAGCUCACAUUUGAUGCUCUGGUUGUGAUUUGUUUCGGCUGGCGCAUGCUCGCCUAUCUGCUGAUCGGUUCCGUGCUGGCGAUGGGACUACACCCCGUGGCCGGUCAUUUCAUUGCCGAACAUUACAUGUUUGCGAAGGGAUUCGAAACGUACUCGUACUACGGACCGCUUAACUGGAUCACGUUUAAUGUGGGCUACCACAACGAGCAUCACGACUUUCCCGCCAUCCCCGGUAGGCUGUUGCCGGAAUUGAGAAAAAUCGCUCCUGAAUAUUAUGAAACCAUGCCACAGCACACGUCCUGGGUGCGAGUGCUGUACGACUUUAUCACCGAUCCUGCCGUCGGACCCUACGCCAGGAUCAAGCGAAAAAGUCUCGAGAAACCCAAACCAUCGCCAGCUGCAAACUCUAUCGUUUCGUCCAAUGAAUCAUGGAAAAGUAGCCCAGCAGUGGAGCCGAAAAAAAGAUUCAGCUCGACGGCAUAACGAUCUUAUCGCUCCGCUCUGUGCGUAAUCGAUAGGGUGUGUCUGAAGUGAAAAAAGUAGAAGACAUCUGUAACAAUCCAAUCACCAUAAAAAAUAUCAACGCGAUAAAAAGCGAUGAGUCGCGGAAGGUGGGUUAAAGGAAAGCGUUUGUUAGAUAACGCUAGGCUAGGAGAAUCGGCUAGAAAGGGGAGUACGUGACUAUGGUGUGAGGCAGAGAUACGCGAUAAAUAAAGGGCGAACCUGGAACCAUUCCCAAACAGUGGGUAAAACAUGCAAAAAAUGUCGAGUCCACCUUGUAUGUUUCUGAAUGAAAUAAACCGAUGAAAAUGACAAAAACCCGUUGGUUUUUUAAACACUCCCUGUUGCA